AUGCCAGUCUCCGGAUCUCUUAAUGACGUGGACUGGGAGCCCGAUUUCGCCACGCUGGCCGUCCACGGUGGUCAGGAGCCCGACCCAGUUAACGGCUCCAGAGCUGUACCUCUUUACCAAACGGCCGCUUACAACUUUUCUGACGCCGCAGAUGGCGCCAGUAAGUUUGCGUGGAGCAAAGAUGGCUACGUCUAUACCCGUAUGGGCAACCCUACAAACAGCGUUUUCGAGUCGCGCAUGGCAAUGCUCGAGGGUGGUGUAGGUGCCGUUGCCGCGGCUUCUGGACACGCGGCGCAGUUCAUGGCCCUGACGCAGUGUUGCGAGCCGGGGCAGAACUUUGUCAGUACCAGCUGGCUGUACGGUGGCACCUACAACCAGUUCCGGGUGUACAUGAAGAAGUUCAAGAUCGACGUCAAGUGGGUUGUCGGAAACGAGCCUGCUGACAUUGACGCCGCCAUCGACGAGAAUACGCGAUGCGUUUAUAUCGAGACGAUUAGCAAUCCGAAACACAGCGUACCCGAUAUUAAGGCGAUUGCGGACGUGGCACACAAGCAUGGGAUCCCCCUUAUUGUUGACAACACUUUUGGCAUGGGAGGAUACCUCUGUCAACCCAUCAAGCAGGGCGCAGAUAUCGUCACCCAUUCAUGCACCAAGUGGAUUGGCGGCCAUGGUACAUCGAUGGGAGGAAUCGUCAUCGAUGGCGGACACUUUGAUUGGAGUGCGUCCGGUAAGUUCCCAGGCUUCACCGAACCGGCCGACGGGUACCACGGGUUGAAGUUUUGGGAUACAUAUGGAUACAAAGCACUUUCAGCCAAGGUCCGUAUGGACAGUAUGCGCGACCUUGGCCCGUGUUUGAGCCCGUUCAACGCCUGGCUCUUUCUCCAAGGCCUAGAGACGCUCGCCCUGCGGGGACAGAGGCAUGCGGAGAACACGCAGAAGCUGGCCGAGUGGCUGGAAGCACACCCGAGCGUCAACUGGGUACUCUAUCCCGGUCUCAAGUCACACCCUGACUACGAGUACACGAAGAGAGUCUUCACCAAUGGCGCUGGUGGUGUAUUGACAUUUGGUGUUGCAGGAAACAUCGAUGAAGUUCGAGCAGUUGUCGAUAACCUCAAGCUCUGCUCUCACCUAGCAAACGUUGGCGAUGCUAAGACGCUCAUUAUCCACCCCUGGGUGACAACCCAUCAGCAGCUGCCUGACGAAGAGAAGAUCAAGGGUGGUGUCACGCCGGAUCUUAUCCGGGUAUCGGUUGGUAUUGAGGGUUUCGAAGACAUCAAGAAGGACUUUGAGCAGGCGUUUGAGGCAGCCGGGUUGCCUGCGGCGGUCAAGACAGGAGGGGACCCAUUCGCGGCGGCGUUGAACCUCGUCUCGGGUGGUUUUAUGGGUAAAAAGGCAACAGGUGCGCCACGACCAGGUACUGAUGGUACUGUUCAGGUUCAGGCGUAG